GAUUUAAUUGCUAAAGAAUUAAAUCGCUUUAUUAGAGAGACCAUUAUUUGGGUUUUUUGGGGUGAUUAGCAUACCCCAAUAGCUACGUCGUCAAUUAGUCAACCCCACUGCACUUCCUUUUCCUUUUCAUCGACGGAGUGAAGCAGACGAGAAAUCGCUAUCCAGUUUGAAAUCUGUUUAUUUUAAUUCUUUAUUGUUAAAUUUAAGUCAUUCUAUCGUAAAAUUUUAAAAAGAGAAAUAUUUGACCAAUAUCUUAUAGCUUUAGUUUCUCCAUUGUUUAUUUAUUGCGUUUGAUGAUGCACAUUUUAAAACAGUGUUAAUCGGCCACAUGUUUGAAAUUUAUAGUGGGCAUGAAUAAUACAUUUUCAGUAAUUAAUUUUCAAGCUACGUUGUUUUUUUCUCAUAGUUAGAAGUUAGUUUCAGAUAAAUAAGAGAAUGCCAAGGGGGAAACCUGCUCGAAAGAGACCUGCUGCGUCUGCCAGCGCCGAGCGGCAACCAGCCCAAAGUAGUAAGAGGAGACAUACAGGUAGAUCGACCGCAAAUCCUGUUCCAGCAGUGGAGGACAACAUUAAUGCCGUGUCAAACAGUGCACCAGCUACCAAUGAUGCUACUGAUGCUGUCUGCACUCCAAGUUUGGAUUCUGCCUCUGUCAAUGGUCCUGGAUCCUCUAUCCAAGGCAGUACAGCAGUUUCAGCGUUUUCGGACUCUUGUACCCCAGGCAGACUUGGAACCAACACCAAUACCAGAUUCUUUCCUAACCAUCAUUUCCAGGCUGAGUUUAACAGAUUAAUUCAAGAAGUUGUUAAAGUGUGGAUUGUUGGAUCCUCAAUUAUUUGGCAAGCAUUUAGUCAUGCUAGGUUGAAUGGGGGGUCCAAUCUUGAUUUUUCUCCAAUGGAAGCCAACAUAUGGUGGCAGGGAAAAGGCGGCAUGAGAUGGCGACAUCUCCUCCCCAAAAUCAGGCAAAUGUUACGGUAUGAAGACCCUCCACAUUUUCUGGUACUUCAUUGUGGUGGUAAUGAUAUUGGUCAGAUUAAAUCUAGCGAAUUGCGCGAAAAGAUGGAGCAAUCUUUAGAUGCACUUUCUCCACUGUUGCCAAGAACAAAAAUCAUUUGGUCGCAAAUACUUCCAAGACUGAAAUGGCGUAAUGCUAGAGACAACAAUGCUCUCAAUAAGACACGGGUGCGAGUAAAUAGCUUUGUAGCUACAAAACUUUUAGCACACCAAGGGGGCUACAUUCGCUAUCAAAAGAUUACUCCAUCCGACAAAAGCUUAUUCAAGGGAGAUGGGGUGCAUUUGACUGAAAAAGGCAAUGAAAUUUUCCUUAAAACCUUGAAGAAAGCUUUCAAGAGGUUUAUUUCGUCAGGUGUAGGAGUUUACUAGUACCCUUUGUCAUAAUUAUGUAAUGGCCAUGGCAUACACUUAAUUCUAGCUAAAUACUAGUCAUAAAUUUAACAUUCUAAAUUCUACGAUUAUAUACUCUUAAACAUCACAAGUUAGCAUCUUAAUAAUUGUGUUCAGCUACCGCCCUUAUGGCGGUGGACACUCCGUGUCCAUAUGGCGCAAUCUUUAGCUGAACUUAAAUAGGGCUAUAUUUAGUGAGCAUCUGUUCCCAGGGCUCGCUACAACUCUAAUUUUCAAUUUGCUUAUUUGUGUCAAAUUUGAUAUGUUUGAUUUGCUAUUAUGUUCUUUAACAGUUUCAUGUAUAUUCCAAUAUUUCUGAUUCAUUUGCAUAUUUGACAUUUUCAUGUGCAUUUCCAUUUACAUGUAUUAGCCAUUUGGGUUGCCAUUAUCGCCCUAUUUACAUGGGUCGGUAACCUUGGUUACAAAGGUAGCCAGUAAAUAAUUGUAAAUUGCUGAAAAUUUUCUAUUACAUGUAUUUGCCAUUUGGGUUGCCAUAAUCGCCCUAUUUUCAUGGGUCGGUAACCUUGGUUGCAGAUGUAACCAGUAAAUAAUUGAAAUUUAUACUGUAAUCCAAAAUUGUAGUGUAGCCGUGGCCAUUAUUCGCCAAUAAAUAUUACAAUUAUAGUUUUUUGGUUUUCUCUUAAUAAUUCGAUUUAAUUGCUAAAGAAUUAAAUCGCUUUAUUAGAGAGACCAUUAUUUGGGUUUUUUGGGGUGAUUAGCAUACCCCAAUAGCUACGUCGUCAAUUAGUCAACCCCACUGCACUUCCUUUUCCUUUUCAUCGACGGAGUGAAGCAGACGAGAAAUCGCUAUCCAGUUUGAAAUCUGUUUAUUUUAAUUCUUUAUUGUUAAAUUUACCCACCCGCCCACACCAUUUUUUACUACAGUAACUGAUAUAAAUGUAUAAAGAGACUAUACAUAGACAUGUAUAUUCCCACUAGAUAUGAUUGUGAAUGUUAAUCUGUCAAUGUAUUUCUGGGACGGUAUUUCUGCUGUUUAUUAAUUAUGCUUUCAGUUCUUGCCACUUCCAAUAACCAAUAUCAAACGAUUUCGUCAUGGCGCACUACAAUGAGGUUGAUCCAGCCAGCUUGUUUCCAAAAAGAUCACGCACCAGCAGCCUGAAUGUUGUGACUUCCAUGAUUCCUUUUUCUAUGGUUUGUGCCGACCUCGAGCAGGGAUUUAUAUCGUUUUAUGACUGUAUAAAGGUUAAAUAUUGAUGUUUCUCUAAUUAUUGCAAUCUUUAGCUGAACUUAAAUAGGGCUAUAUUUAGUGAGCAUCUGUUCCCAGGGCUCGCUACAACUCUAAUUUUCAAUUUGCUUAUUUGUGUCAAAUUUGAUAUGUUUGAUUUGCUAUUAUGUUCUUUAACAGUUUCAUGUAUAUUCCAAUAUUUCUGAUUCAUUUGCAUAUUUGACAUUUUCAUGUGCAUUUCCAUUUACAUGUAUUAGCCAUUUGGGUUGCCAUUAUCGCCCUAUUUACAUGGGUCGGUAACCUUGGUUACAAAGGUAGCCAGUAAAUAAUUGUAAAUUGCUGAAAAUUUUCUAUUACAUGUAUUUGCCAUUUGGGUUGCCAUAAUCGCCCUAUUUUCAUGGGUCGGUAACCUUGGUUGCAGAUGUAACCAGUAAAUAAUUGAAAUUUAUACUGUAAUCCAAAAUUGUAGUGUAGCCGUGGCCAUUAUUCGCCAAUAAAUAUUACAAUUAUA